AUCUAAAGCCACAGAAAACGAUGGAGGGCGACCUAGAUGGACGUUCUCGAAAGAGACGGCGGUUGAGCAACGAAGAUGAUAGCGCUUCCAAGACUGACAACCAUAAAAGGCUAACACACAGCUCUCUGAUGAGAUCUAUAUCUCCUCCUCCUCUUCGUCGGUCUAAACAGAGCGAAUCUUCCCAAGUUGCGCAGUCACCUUUCCAACUUACCCGGAUCCGUGACCUUCCACCGUCCUCGAACGUUGAUGCCGUAUCGCUGAAGGAUAUUUUAGAAGACCCGCUGAUUGCAGAAUGCUGGGAGUUUAACUAUCUGCAUGAUCUGGAUUUCCUCAUGGACGCCUUUGACCCGGAUGUUCGCGAUAUAGUAAAGGUUCACGUGAUUCAUGGGUUCUGGAAGAAUGAGGAUCAGACACGUCUAGCUUUGAAGGAAAAAGCCUCAAAGUACCCGAAUAUCACUCUUCAUACUGCUUACAUGCCGGAAAUGUUUGGCACUCAUCAUUCCAAGAUGCUUAUUCUCAUACGACAUGAUGCUACUGCCCAGGUCAUCAUUCACACCGCUAAUAUGAUUCCAUUUGACUGGGCAAAUAUGGCACAAGGACUAUGGAAAUCACCUCUGCUGCCCCUGCUUCCCAGCGACACCACGCCUCCUCAAAAUGCCAAGAUUGGCAGUGGAGCAAGAUUCAAGAUGGAUCUGAUCAAUUAUCUCAAAGCGUAUGAUACGAGACGCACGAUAUGCAAACCUCUGAUAGAGCAGCUCUUGAAGUAUGAUUUCUCUGAAAUUCGCGCUGCUCUCGUUGCCAGCGUGCCUGGAAAGCAAGGAAUUAAUGAUGAUUUGGAGACUGCAUGGGGCUGGCCAGGGCUGAAGAGUGUUUUGAAUUCAGUGCCAGUACAAGAUACUGAACCGGAGAUCGUUGUGCAGAUUUCCUCGAUUGCAACACUGGGACAGAAUGACAAGUGGCUUGAUAAAACUUUCUUCAAAACACUGAGCACCUCGAAGAAUGCGGCUCCAUCCAAACCCACAUUUCGCAUUAUGUUUCCGACAGCGGAUGAGGUCCGGAGAAGUCUGAAUGGAUAUCAGUCCGGCAGUGCAAUUCACACCAAAAUACAAAGCGCUGCGCAGGUUAAACAACUUCAAUAUCUAAAGCCCAUAUUGUGUCACUGGGCAGGGGAUGGCCCUCAACAUUCCUCGAGUACUUCAGUUCCAGUAUCUGACGCGGGGAGGAAGAGGGCUGCUCCACACAUCAAAACCUAUAUCAGAUUCGCCGACCGCGAGAAAUCCCGCAUCGACUGGAUGCUCGUAACGUCGGCCAAUCUCUCGAAGCAAGCAUGGGGAGAGGCACCCAAUGCCGCGGGCGAGGUGCGAAUCUGCAGCUACGAGAUCGGCGUCAUGGUAUGGCCAGAAUUAUUCGGGGACAAUGCUACCAUGGUUCCGACUUUCAAGACUGAUACUCCCCCGCCCGGUGCGAGGAAGGAUGGGGAGUUGGUCAUCGGAGCGAGAAUGCCUUAUGAUCUUCCUUUGGUCCCGUACGCCAAGGAUGAUGUGCCGUGGUGUGCGACGUCCUCUUACAAUGAGCCGGAUUGGAUGGGAGAGACGUGGAACGUGGGAUAAACCGUCUCUCGAGGAUGAAUGAAUACCACAGCUAACAUAGGCAAACCGGAAGGAUUUUGACAGGCUAGCCGAACCCCGUCUGUGCAGCGGCUGGGGGGGUCUGGGUGCGAGACGGGCGUUUCUGGCAACAAAAGCAUCAUAUCAAACAAGCUUGGCGCUUAUAGCAUUGACCUGUCUCCUGAAGGAAUUCAAGAUAGCGUCACCUAGCAGCCAUAUUUAUAGCAUAGCAAAAUCCC